AGGGGCGGAGGCCGCGCCGGGAGCGCGGAGGGGCUCGGUGUGCGGCGUGCCCGCCAUGUCCCUGUACCGCAGCGUCGUGUGGUUCACCAAGGGGCUGCGCGAGGACACCAAGAGUGGCUAUGAAUCUGCGUCCAAAGACUUUGUCCCUCAUAACUUGGAGGUCCAGGUUCCUGGAAGAGUCUUUUUGGUCACUGGAGGAAACAGCGGCACUGGCAAAGCAACUGCCCUUGAAAUCGCCAAGCGAGAUGGCACAGUUCACCUGGUUUGUCGAGAUCAAGCCCUAGCAGAAGAUGCCAGGGGUGAGAUCAUCCAGGAGAGCGGUAACCAGAACAUUUUUCUGCACAUUGUGGACUUGUCUGAUCCCAAGAAAAUCUGGAAAUUUUUUGAAAAUUUCAAGCAGGAACAUAAACUCCAUGUUCUGAUCAAUAAUGCAAGUUGCAUGGUCAAUAAAAGAGAGCUUACAGAAGAUGGACUUGAAAAAAACUUUGCUACCAAUACUCUGGGUGUGUACAUUCUCACGACCGGCCUGAUCCCUGUGCUGGAGAAAGAACACGACCCCCAAGUGAUAACCAUCUCCUCAGGAGGAAUGUUGGUUCAGAAACUGAACACCGAUGAUCUCCAGUCCAAAAGAAGCUUGGAUGGAACUAUGGUCUAUGCACAAAACAAAAGACAGCAAGUGGUUCUGAUGGAGCGGUGGGCCCAAGGGCACCCGGCCAUCCAUUUUUCUUCCAUGCAUCCUAGCUGGGCCGACACCCCAGGUAUGAGGCAGGCGAUGCCGGGGUUCCACGCCAGGUUCAGGGACCGCCGGCGCUCUGAGGCCCAGGGCACGGACACGGUGCUGUGGCUGGCCCUCUCCUCUGCCGCAGCCGCGCAGCCCAGCAGCCGCUUCUUUCAAGAUCGGAAGCCAGUUUCUACACACUUGUCUCUCACUAGAAUGUCCUCCUCACCAGCCGAAGAGGAGAAACUCAUUGAAAUCCUAGAGCAGCUGGCUCAGACAUUUAAAUAGACCAACCGAGGCACAGUGUGGUACCAGAAUUGCCUUAGAAAAUACCAGGUGUGGUCUAGGGGCCAGUGAACAAGACCCCACUUCAACUUCCCCUCGAAGGCGUUGUGCCUUACAGUGAGGGGCCUACAAGGGCUGGGAACUUUCAUUUCAAAAUAAAUACUACCGGGGCUGUCAUCAGGCUGACCUUGAUUCCUGCAGCAGGUUCUUUUCUUAAGUCUCUCAUUUAUUCGAGAAUGUGGUUUUCUAAAGAAUUCGAAGUUCAAGAUGAACCACCACUGCCAGUCUGAGGGGACCCAGGGUUGGAGGCAGCAGGAAUGCCCCGCUGCGGACUCCACUUCCCCUCCCUUUCUCAGCAACUGCAGUGUCAGAGGCUGGUGCUGUGCCCCUCCCCCCCCAGGAGAGGGCUGGACACUGCCUUUGCUGUGCAUGGUCCCAGGAGCACAAUGUAACCAAGGGACGCUACAUAUUUACAUAAACAAUUGAAUGAGGCCUAGUUUACAUUUGCUUAAGAUUAAGAGUGGCUUCAGUAAUCCAUGUGGCAUUCUGGUACUACACUUUGAUGAAACCUCUAAUUUACACCAUUUUAC